GUUCCACCACUUUGGAAACCUCGCGCACUGGGAUCCUCAUUACGCCGUAGCCGCAAGAGGCGGCGGCUGGUGGCGGCGGCGGCCGCGAUGCUGAGUUCCCGGGCGCAGGCGGCGAGGACGGCGGCCGACAAGGCCCUCCAGCGCUUCCUGCGCACCGGGGCGGCCGUCAGAUAUAAAGUCAUGAAGAACUGGGGAGUGAUAGGUGGGAUUGCUGCUGCCCUUGCAGCGGGAAUAUAUGUUAUUUGGGGUCCCAUUACAGAAAGGAAGAAGCGGAGAAAAGGGCUUGUGCCUGGCCUGGUCAACCUGGGGAACACGUGCUUCCUGAACUCGCUGCUUCAGGGCCUGUCUGCCUGCCCCGCAUUCGUCAAGUGGCUGGAAGACUUUACCACCCAGUACCCCAGGGACCAGCAGGGGCCACACACACACCAGUGCCUGUCCUUGACACUGCUGAACCUCCUGAAAGCUUUGUCCUGCCAGGAAGUCACUGAGGAUGAGGUCUUAGAUGCCAGCUGCCUCCUGGAUGUCCUAAGGAUGUACAGGUGGCAGAUUUCCUCCUUUGAAGAGCAGGAUGCCCACGAGUUGUUCCAUGUCAUCACCUCAUCACUGGAGGAUGAGCAGGACCGCCAGCCUCGAGUCACUCAUCUGUUUGAUGUACACUCCCUGGAGCAGCAGUCAGAAAUGAUUCCCAGACAAGUCACGUACCACACAAGAGACUCUCCUCACCCCACGUCCAAUCACUGGAAGUCCCAACACCCUUUCCACGGAAGACUCACCAGUAACAUGGUUUGCAAACACUGUGAGCACCAAAGCCCUGUUCGAUUUGAUACCUUUGACAGCCUUUCUCUCAGCAUUCCAGCUGCCACUUGGGGGCACCCACUGACCCUGGACCUCUGCCUCCAUCACUUCAUCUCGUCAGAGUCUGUGCGAGAUGUGGUGUGUGACAACUGCACGAAGAUUGAAGCAAAAGGAACCCUGAAUGGGGAGAAGGUGGAGCACCAGAGGACCACUUUCGUUAAACAGUUAAAACUAGGGAAGCUGCCCCAGUGCCUCUGCAUCCACCUCCAGCGGCUCAGCUGGUCCAGCCACGGCACGCCCCUGAAGCGGCAUGAGCACGUGCAGUUCAACGAGUUCCUGAUGAUGGAUUUCUAUAAGUACCGCCUCCUGGGACACAAACCCAGUCAGCAUGGCCCCAAAGCCACUGAAAACCUCGGGGCUGCCCUGGAACUACAGGACACACAAGCGGCCCCAAAGCCAGGUCUGAGUCAGCCAGGGCCCCCCAAGACACAGAUUUUUAUGAAUGGCGCCUGCUCCCCAUCUUUGUUGCCAGCCCUGCCUUCACCCAUGGCCUUCCCUCUGCCAGUGGUUCCUGACUACAGCUCCUCCACAUACCUCUUCCGCUUGAUGGCAGUUGUCGUCCACCAUGGAGACAUGCACUCGGGACACUUUGUCACUUACAGACGGUCACCGCCUUCAGCCAAGAACCCUCUGUCAACCAGCAAUCAGUGGCUGUGGAUCUCUGACGACACCGUCCGCAAGGCCAGCCUGCAGGAGGUCCUGUCCUCCAGCGCCUACCUGCUGUUUUAUGAGCGAGUUCUGCCCAGGGCGCAGCGGGAAUACAGGUCUGAGGAGUGACAGGCCAGCCCCGAGUCCCUCAGCCUCCUGUGCAUUCUGAGAAGAGGCUCCACACGGAGACAGUGCCACACAGUGCCGCCAGGGUGUACCAGAAGGCGUCCUCUGUGUCUAGAGCAUCUUAUCUGACACAGGUAAUUUAAAGGAUCAGAUUCCAGAAGCCACCUUUUCUAUAGUGUAAUAUGCUAGGUGUUCUCAGAGGGGUCUUCUUUGUCUAAUCCCUGACAUUUCAGCAUAGAUCUUUAUUUUUAAUAAGGAGGCCCAUAAAUAGCAUUGACAACAAUUACUGAAAUUAUUAAAGGCAACAAUUCAGAAGAAAAAGUGCCUUUCACUUCCGGUUAUUGUGAGAACGGGCAUGACUUAAGAGUCACAGGCACAAUGUUGGGAAAGCCCUUGACCUUCCAAGCUCCUCAGAGUUAAGAAGAACAGUUCAAGGAUGCCUAAACAGCAUGGUGGCUUAUGCCUGGAAUCCCAGCACUGUGGCAGGAGGAUCACUGCAAAUUCCAGGCCAGCCUGGGCUUCAUAAUAAAACCCUGUCUCCUCCCAAAAACCUCAAGAACAGCUCCUCACCUUUGGGUAUGCCUUUUGUAAUCUUCGCUUCUCUAUUUUGUCAAGAUUGCUUGCCAAGCCCACCCUGGACGAGAGAGGCUGUGACCUCUUCCAAAGCUGGGGCUUCUGCGCUGCCUGCUGACCUGCUGCAGAAGAUGGCUCUCUUCAGGUUGUUAGUUGUUGCCCACAACAGGGUUUAUAAGGCAAGAACCUGGGCAGGGUGACCUGAGAGCUGAGCUUGGAAGAAAGACACUGACCCAGGGCUACAGUCUCUCUGGACCUUGCUUUCUCAGUCAGAGCCCACAGUGAGGAAGAAAGCAGCACGACUGGACAGAACUGAGGCUGAUACAUCCUGCGGUUAGACUCUAGGACCAUAUUCUAAAUGUGGGUGUCUCCAGUGACCUCGUUAAGCAAAGAGUACACCGGGCCGCCUUUCCUUUCAGGACAAGUCUCAGAUAGCCAGGAAUAGAGGAAUCUUGAUGGCACAAUAGCACCUGUGUGUUAGCUAAGUUUGUAAUUAAAAACAACCAAAUGCAAACCCUCUUCUGAUGUAAGAUUUGGAACUGGACCUAUCCAAGGUCACUGAGGUAAGGCCAAGGACGUGUUUUCUGUGGGCGUAAGCUGGCAGACAUUCCAGAUGUGCCUAGGCAUCGACCACAUGAUCGGGUCUCACCGUGCACCCUGAGGACUCAAGGCUGAGACUGCUGCGCUGGACCUCCACGCCAAAGCUCCUGCAGAGGGAACAGCGGAACCGCCUGCUCCAGCCCAGGUGGCCCUGCAGGCCUGGCUUGCAGGUUGAGGUGACCACAGUGCUCCAUCACUCGUGACCUUAGAGCAUUCUCCAGGCUACAGGUUCCAGUCCUCAGUCCUGCACUCAUCCCGAGGCCUUCUGGGGAAGAGAGAUGGCCGAAAGGACUAGUGUGGGACACUGGUCAGAGGCCAGGGUGUGAGCCAAGGCUGAAAAUGUGUUAACUUGAUCGAGCGCAAACGUGCUUCAUUUCAUAAAUUAUUAGGUAGUAACCAAUGACGAUUUCUAGUUUAAGUUAUUCACAGUAGGUAGCUUCUUUCUGGAGAAACUUAAGUUAAGCUAGAGUUACACUGUAGGCUGCUGAGUGUGGAUUUGCUAAAGCACUUUUGUAUCUGCUGUGUACUAUAGCAAUAAAGACGGUUUUGUUAGGAAA